AUGUGAUGCUAUCUGCCAGUAUAUUGUUCACUGGACAGACAUACAAACAUGUUGCUGAUGUUGCUUCGUUGAUGAAUCUAACAUUUGUUGGUAAAAGUACCUUUUAUGACACUCAAAUUGAUUAUCUAUUGCCUGUUAUUGAAGAUUUUUGGAAGGCAGAACAAACAUCCGUGCUGUCAACACUACAAGACUCAACAGUUCAAGUGUCAGGUGAUGGGUGAUGUGGUUCACCAGGGUAUAGUGCUAGAUACUGCAACUACACCAUGAUGGAUCACAGCUCACUCAAGAUUCUUGACUUUGAGGUUGUAGAGGUGACAGAAGCAAAAAGUUCUUGUGGUAUGGAAAAAAUUGGAUUUGAAAGGGUGCUUGACAGGUUGAUUGGAUGCACAGAGUCUGAGUCAGGAAUGCAUGUUUCAAUAUCUGAUGUGUCCACUGACCGGCAUGUAUCUGUAAGAAAGCUUAUGCGUGAAAAGUAUGCUCCUAUGCACAUUAAUCACCAAUUUGAUGCUUAUCACAUGUAUUCAGCCCUUGCUCCAUGGGUGCAAUCAAUAUGUAAUCAUCUUUUUUGGUGUGCGGCUUCAUGUAUGGGAGAUGCUGACCUACUUGUUGCCCGAUGGGAAUCCCUGCGCUACCACAUUGUCAAUAUUCAUCAGUGGGGGUGGGCCAGGAUUGGUAACAUCAUGUUGUCAUGA